AUGGGCAUGGGCCUCAAUUCAGUAUUCUCGUGGAUACGGACCUGCACGUUCUGCGCUGCCAGUGACGAGGCCGGCGGCGUACGGGCGAGGUGCGAGGCAGGCGGCGGACGGGCGAGGGGCGAGGCAGGCGGCCGACAGGCGAGGGGCGAGGCAGGCGAAGGGGAACACAGCGGAGCCGGCGUAUUGCUCGCGGUUGUCGGGGACGCCACGGGCGUGCUCGGCAGGCGGCGCCGGCGCAGACAACGCGCGGCGGCAUGGAGCGCGGGGUCCGAGGGCGACCAGACGCCGUCCCACCCCAAGCUCCAGACCGCGCCGUGCGUCAACAUCAGCCAGGCCGCGUCCACGUCCGCCGCCGCCGCGCCGGCGGCGGCACCGGCAGCGGCGAAGCGCGGGGCGAGGCGGGACGAGCACGGGCGGCUGGUGUUCAUCCAGGAGUCGCGCGUGCGGUUCGAGAUCGAGGACCUGCUCCGGGCGUCCGCCGAGGUGCUGGGCAGCAGCAACUUCGGGUCCUCGUACAAGGCCACGCUCCUGGAUGGCCGGUCGGAGGUGGUGGUGAAGCGGUUGAAGGACAUGAACGGCGUCGGCCGGGAGGACUUCUCCGAGCACAUGCGCCGCCUCGGCCGCCUCGCGCACGCCAACCUCGUCCCCCUCGUCGCCUACCUCUGUAAAAAAGAAGAGAAGCUCCUCAUCACCGAUUACAAAAGCUUUUAUGUUACGUGA